UUGUCGGGACUUUAAAAUAAACUGACUAAUCAGAACGCUUUAGGGGCGGUCCUGCCUCAUUGAGUUGCUGGGCAGAGCGAAGAGAAAACGUUUGCAAACAGAAAGGCUGCGCGUUAGGGCUUGGAGAGCGAAACGCUGAGAGAGGGUUUUGUGAAUUGAAGUGCUUUUUGCUUGAACCUCGUUCUGAAGUCAUGGCAGCGGAUUGUGAGGCAUGGCUGAACGCCAACCCCGUCGGUGAGUGUGGCUUUAAUACGCAACUUAUUGGGCCGAGUCACAAACCGCUCACUCUUCCCUACACAAGUGCCCUCGACACGCUGUUCAAUCUGCGCAAAUCGGACGACCUGAGCGACUCGUAUCAGUCUGGAAACGACGAGAACGCCCUCGGCUCCGGAGCCAACGACGAGAUCAACGGAAACUGGGUUCCCACGCCAACCGGGACGGUGCACGAGGCUCGGCUCAAGGCCAAGGCCAAGCGGCGCCUCCGCAAGAACUCGUCCAGAGACUCGGGUCGGGGAGACUCGCUGAGCGAGAACGGAGAUGCCUCCCGCUCCGCCGUGCCCCCCGCCAGCCCCAAGGGCAAAGUACUGGACCGCAGGUCACGCCUGGGCAAAGGGAGGGGCCUGCCAAAGAAAGGUGGUGCUGGUGGUAAAGGUGUGUGGGGAACACCAGGAGAGGUGUACGACGUGGAGGAGGUCGACAUCCGGGACCCCAAUUACGAUGAAGAUCAGGAGAACUGCGUGUACGAGACUGUGGUGCUGCCGCUGGACGAGGACAACUUCACUCAGACCGUCACGCCCAUCGUCCAGGAGUACUUCGAGCACGGGGACACCAAGGAAGUAGCGGAGUUAUUAGGCGAGUUAAAUCUGGGCUCCAUGUGCAGUGAAGUCCCGUUCCUGGCCGUGUCUCUGGCGUUGGAGGCGAAGGCGAGUCAGAGAGAGCUCACGUCCUUCCUGCUGUCACGUCUGUGUGGCGGAGUCCUCAGCCGCUCCGACAUCGAAGCCUCCUUCCACAAGCUGCUGAAAGAGCUGCCUGACCUGGUGCUGGACACGCCCACAGCACCGCAGCUGGUUGGUCAGUUCAUUGCCCGAGCAGUUGCAGACCAGAUUCUGUCGAAGAGCUACAUCGACGGCUAUAAAGGCAGAGUGGACUGUGAGCACGCCAGGGCCGCUCUGGACCGUGCCGCCGUACUGCUGAAGAUGAACAAGGAGUCGGGACUAAAGAUCGACAACCUCUGGGGCUCGGGUGGAGGCCAGAGACCCGUCAAUCAACUCAUCAAAGAGGUGAACCUGCUGCUGAAGGAGUACGUGCUCUCGGGGGACACGGCCGAGGCGGAGCGGUGUUUGAGGGAGCUCGAGGUGCCGCACUUCCAUCACGAGUUUGUCUACGAGGCCAUAGUCAUGGUGCUGGAAUCCAAAGGAGACGCGACGCUCCAAGCGAUCCUGAAGCUGCUCAAAUCUCUCUUCGACUCCACGGUCAUCACUCUGGACCAAAUGAGAAGGGGCUACGAGAGGGUGUAUAUGGAUAUCGCUGACAUCAACAUCGACGUGCCGUGCGCGUACUCCAUACUGGAGCACUUUGUGGACAAGAGCUUCAGCACCGGCGUCAUCGACAAAAAACUCAGAGACCUGUGUCCAUGCCGAGGAAGGAAGAGGUUCGUCAGCGAAGGAGACGGCGGGCUCCUCAAACCCGAAACCUACUGAGUCCGUCACGUCCCGCGUCCACCUCGUCCGCCGCGUCAGAGUAAAACUAGCGCCGCAGGGAGAGAAAAGUACGGAGAAGCGUUUCCCCCAGAACCGUUUGCCCCAGAAUUCUUACAGUCGCAUACAUGUGCGUAUCUUACAGGUUUAGGUAUUUAUCUCCUCCUGACAAGAACGUAGAGCUUACGCAAAGGAACACGGCUAUGGAAUAACGCACUUCUCUCUGUCUCUCACGCGCACACACACACACACACACACACACACACACACACACACACACACACACACACACACACACACACACACUUUAAGGUGACCAGAUAAGCUAAAAUCCUGAAAAAGUGCCACACUUUGAAAUGACAAGUCAUUCCAGGUUCACUGCCACUCAGCAAAUUUCAAUGAAGAUCCAGAAGGAUAAUUUGAGCCAGUCGUCAUGUGACCUGUCUUAAUUUAUCCGGUCUGUUUAAUCUGUUUGUUUUGGAGGUUCUUCUCCUCUCUGUGUCGAUGAAGUCAGGAGGUUCGUGUUCAAGAGGGUUUUUUUGUUCCUUUUUUCUUUUCCCCCUUUCCUGAUCAGUCUGCCUGAACUUUUUUUCUCGUGCGUCUUUGUUUCCCCGUUCGGUCGAACAAAGACUCGGAAACCGGAUGCAACUGACGCCAAAAUGGCAAUACGGAGAAAUGUGAACCAAUCGGGAUUUAUUUCACACAAACGGUGUCAAAGCGUUAUUUUUCUAUGUUCCGAAACACCGGCGUGGGCGUAUUUACCAAAUGUUUUCGCUCUUUGUUGAAAAUGGUUAAGAAAUAAAUGAAGCUUACGAAAUAA